UAACAGUAUCAAGACCAGCGUGGUCAAGAAGUGUUGUGUUUGCUUUAGUUUUAGUUCAAAACUGAUGCGUCGACCAUCUAGGAUGAGGUCGUUAGCACUGUUGGUAAUAUCUGGCUGCCUUUGUGCCACAUGGGCUCUAGCGGAUGAAUCGGUCGCAGUUCGCGAGAAACGUAGUCCGACUCCGUUCUUCUUCAACAAAGGGCACGAUGAUCACCACCACCACCCGGAACCGAAAUGUGUGUGGGAGAAGAAACUAGCCUGGAAGGAGGACUGGAAGAAGGUCUGGGAGUCGAAGAAGAUCGAAGUGUGGAAGUCCGAAUGGAAGAAACAGCAGAUUCCGGUCUGGAAGAAGGUCGAGGUACCGAUCUGGCGUGAAGUCAAGGUGCCCGACUGGAAGAUUGUGAAGACGCCUUACUGGAAGGAGACCGAGAUUCCGGCCUGGAAGGAAGUCAAGGUGCCUGACUGGAAAAAGGUAACGAAACCGGUAUGGAAGGAGGUACAGGUUCCCGUGUGGAAGGAAGUGCAGGUUCCCGAAUGGAAGCAAAUCUGGGUGCCGGACACCGUGAAAGUGGGUAUCCCUGGUGAGAAAUACCUCGGUAAGGACGAACACGGUUGGGAGUACACGAGCCACGAUCUCUGGAAGAAAAAGAUGGUCUGGAAACCACUGUGGAAGAAGGUAUGGAAGACCGAAAAGAAGGAAGAGUGGAAGACUGAGAAGAAGCUGGAAUGGAAGGAUGAAUGGGUUCAGGUAUGGCGUACGGAAAAACAGCAAAUCUGGGUAAAGAAGAAGGAAGAAGCGUGGAAAGAAGAUAAGGUUGAAGUGUGGCGCAUAGAGAAGAAACAGGAGUGGGCUACUGAGAAGAAGCUCGAAUGGAAGGAUGAGUGGAAAGAAAUCAAGGUCCCAGCCUGGAAGGAAAUUCAGAUACCAGCUUGGAAGAAGGUGUGGAAGCCGGUUUGGGAGAAGGCCUGCGUCCCAGUCAGCCAUGGAUGGCAUUAGUCUUGUAUGUUAGUGAAUUAGGAUUUAAAUUUUAGUUAGUCUCGUAUCACGUAGGCUCCUCUUGAGAUGUGCGCCCCUGCCGAGUACGUAACGUUAAUCUAGUACACACAUGUAUCUUAAGCUAUAUCUUUCUCUUCAUUUUCAAUGUCGGAAUAUUUUUCCUCUAUUACAUCCAAAGAAACAGAGAAAGAGUGCUGCUCUGGACACGAGAGAGAGAGAGAGCGCGAAAGAGCCAGAGCUAAAGAUCGCCCGAUUUUUUAUUGCAAUUUACACACAGAAGCCAUAAACUUGCACCUUGGUUACAACUCCACAGCAUCGCAAUUAAUUGAUCGUCUUCGCGAGGCACAGCAAAAAAGAUUUCUACUACACUUUUCGCAGUUUAUGUAAAUACUUUCUUCUCAAUUGGUCUAUUAUCUCACACUACUUCCCAAACACAAAAUAUUUCUUCCCCAACCAACAGUCAUGCAUCGAAAGCAGACGUUGUAAUAGUUUCCUAUAUUCGUUUACAAUGAAGCAAUAACAUAAUAACUGUUCUUUUUUGGUGAAUUAACCAUUUUACGUCUUGCUUCGAGGCGUCCAACAUCCCAAGCCGAUCGGUUACAACUUGUCCCGGUCUCUUGAUGAAGUUAUCGAGUUGGACAUCGUGUGCCAUUAAAAUGGGUAAUGAUUUGUCAUAGCCUCGUCUAUCUAUGUGACAAAUUCACACAAAAUCAACGGGACCAGCCAUGAUUCAACCCACGAACAUUGUUACGGAAACCGUUCCGUGAACUCAAUUCAAUUUGCUACCUGCUCGCAAUUGGACGCAACCGAAGUUGGACAAAGUACUGAAAUAGUCUCCGAAGCAGAGAAGUAAUUCGAAGUGACAAUUAACGGUCAACGUUCAUUCAAUUUUGGUGCAGCUCUAUUUAUCUCAUAAACAUUAGCUCAUGUUCCGCGAAGCCCUGAACAAGAAGGGGGCGCGAGUACUACAUUCAUAUCCGAUCCGCCGGAUAAAGAUUUCCCAUCACUUAUUUUUACCAGCAGACAAAACUAAGCAAUUGCCGAGUCCAUCCAACAUCAAGAGCCCCGGGAAAACACCUUCGAGCUGAUUUUGUAUUUAUGAUGUGGAAUAAUUAAACGCGAAACUGGCGAAAUGCUCGAACCGAAAGGUAACUUUCCACCUUGCUUAUGCACUCGUUGAAGUCACUGGAUGGGGCUGAUACGGUUUCGGAAAUGAGUGCACAAAAAUGGUAAAUAGUAUGAGGAGUCUAUCCGGAAGCCUCGGGUGCGGAACAACGGCUCCGAGACAGACGCGUUAAAAUGGGGGAAAAGAAAAGGUUGGAAAAUCAGUUGGCUGUUUAUGGUGCGUCGGAGGUGAAGCGAAUUAGGAAGAUUCAGAGACCGCGAAGAGCGCUGGAAAAUGCUAAGUAGUGCGUAAAUGAACUUCCACUAUAGGGUCUAGUUGUUACCAUCAGGUUCACAGCAAAGCGAUCGUAAAAGUGAAAUAAUUUUAGAUUAUGAUUUAUUUUUGUAUAUUUUCAUACAAAAAGCAAAUUAUAAAUCAUGUAUUUAACAACGAACGGAGAAACUUUUUGGUGUAACUCUUAUUAUGAUUUUAUUUUCCUUGAAUGAUGCUAUCGUGAUUUAUAACUAUUCUAUUUUUAUUUACGAAAACGAAUCCAAUUUGCGAACGAAAACUGUUGAAGAAAUUUUGUACAUAUUAAAUGUAACGAGUUAAUUAUUUUGUAAAUAGACUUUCUAAUCGACAAAGAGUUCAACAAAUAAACCCGAAGAAAAACAA